AUGAUUGAAUGGUAUGAAUACCCUGUCGAAUCGCACGUCGUCCAGACCGCAGACGGAUAUCUCCUCACCAUGCACCGAAUUCCCCACGGACGAGCUGAAGGAUCUGGACCCGCUCCGGGUAAGCCUGUGGCUUUCCUGCAACACGGACUUCUGGGCUCGUCUGCAGACUGGGUGGUUAUUGGCCCAGAACGAGCGCUUGCUUAUCUUCUCGCUGAUGCAGACUACGAUGUUUGGUUGGGAAAUGUUCGGGGAAACACUUACUCUAGAGCCCACAAAACUCUUGAUCCGGACCGCGAACCGGAUCGCGAGGAAUUCUGGAACUUCAGCUGGCACGAGAUUGGCGUGUUCGAUCUUCCUGCGAUGAUUGACUACACUUUGGGGCAGACGAAUCAGAACAAACUGAGCUACGUUGGACACUCUCAGGGCACAACGACUUUGUUCGUCAUGCUUAGCCUUUGCCCAGAGUAUAAUGAUGUCAUAAAGUCAGCUCAUGCUUUGGCUCCAGUUGCAUAUUGUGAACAUUUGAAAAGUCCAUUCAUUAGAGCAGUUGCUCCGUUUGUGGAUGCUAUUGAUUUGAUAACAAUCUUGCUUGGCAUUAAUGAGUUCGCUCCCAGUACCCAAAUGAUGCAGAUGGGGGGCGAAUUGGUGUGCAGGGAUGAAUCGCCUGUCCAAGAAGUGUGCUCUAAUGCAUUGUUCCUAAUAGCAGGAUAUGAUUCAGAACAAUUAAACCGGUCACAACUUUCUGCCAUCAUGCAUAAUUCUCCUGCUGGAGCUGCGACUCGUCAGCUUCUUCACUAUGCACAACUUAUUAACUCUGGACAAUUUUGCCAGUUUGAUCAUGGACCAAUUGGCAAUAUGGAAAAAUAUGGUUCCACAGAUCCACCGAAUUAUCCUUUAUCUCAAAUCACGGCUCCUAUUGCUCUUCACUACGGCGCCAACGAUUGGUUGGCAGAAGUUGUUGAUGUUGAGCAUCUGCGAGAUCAACUUGGAAGCCUUAUUGGAACCUUCCGUGUACCGCUGGACUCUUUCAAUCAUAUAGACUUCCAGUAUGCCAUCGAUAUCAUAGAAUUGGUCUACGAUAACCUCAUUAUUCUGAUUAAAACAUACAAUAAUUGA